AGGAUUUCUUGUACAUUUUCAGAAAAGUUUAAUCUGGAAACUUCACACACAGGUAUUGUGGCUGGAGGAGGGAGAGGGGCCGCAGAGAGCAGAGAAGUUACCAACUGUCCGGGACUAUUUUCUUGUGUAAAACCUUUGUUUGUAUUGAUUCACUGUGAAUAUUAGUUCAGUCAGCUUUGGUGGAGGUAUCUGCAUGGAGUAAAAUCACUGCAGGUUUUUUUUUUUCUUGAUUACAUUCAUCUGCAGCAUCGUUAUCAUCGGUGUGCCUGACUGACCCACAGUCGUUUUAUUCCUGUGGGAUCAUGUGGAUUAUUUGGGCGAUUAUGGUGGCAGCAGCGGCUGCUGAUGGGAGAUUGGGAUGUCAGCUGCCCCGUGAAUGGAGACCUCAGACAGAAGCGUGCCGUGCGGAGAUGGCACAGAUCAUAGUGUUUGCCAAGGUGUUGGAACUGCACAAGGAGUUUUACAAUGUGUAUGAUAACUACCUGCCGUCCGAAAACGAGCAUCUUUUCUCCGCGGAGAUUGAGCUGCUGUGCGACCAGGCGUGGGGCAGCAUGCUGGAGGUCCCUGCUGGAUCCAGGUUCAAUGUCACCGGCCUGGGCUACUUCACCUGCUUCUCCUACAGUGUCACCAAAAACAACAACUACUACUUCUUUCUAAGGAUGGAUGAAAACUACAACAUCAUCCCUCAUGGAGUAAACUUCCAGGACCCCAUAUUCCCCGACACGGCAGAGAACCACCGCAUGUUUGCCAGCCUCUUCCAGUUCUCCAACUGCACGUCCGGUACUCAGGUCCACAGCUUCACCCCGGAGUAUGAGGCCCAGGAGGACAGCCGGCUGUUGUGCUCUGCGGUGCAGAAGGCUCUGUUUGAGGAGGAGGAGAAGGCCUGGGUUCUCUCCCAGAAGGUGCGCUCCUUGGAGAAAGCGAACGACCACCUGAGGGAAAAGGUGAAGACCAUGAAACGUCUGCUACGCCAAGCCCAGCGGGGAACAACCAAGGAGCAGCAGACCCUCAGCCUCAAACAGCUCUACCGGUCAAAGACGUCCCAAACUCACCCCGACCAGGACACUGCUAGGGACCAGCCACUAAAAAAGGUCCUCUCCACCAAAAAACAGUACAAUUGACAUUGACAAAGACAGGGCACUUCAUUACAUUCUGUAUAUCUUUAACAUUAUUAAUGUGCUCAUUCAAAAGGAACAAUCCAAAUUAAGGUCCUGUUAUAUGUUCAGUUUUAUUUCCUGUCUGUCACCUACAAACAGAGGAGAAUAUCCAUGUCUAAAUGUGUGUGUGUGUGUGUGUGUGUGUGUGUGUGUGUGUGUGUGUGCGUGCGUGCGUGCGUGCGUGCGUGCGUGCGUGCGUGCGUGCGUGCGUGCGUGCGUGUGUGUGUGUGCAUGUUUGUGUAUGUGUUUGCUUUCACUUGACCUGUUUUAAGGAAUUAAAUUAGGGAUUAGGGAUUUAAAUGGCUUCACAGGAGUAAGAGUGCUUCAUGUAAUUCUCCUCAACUCUUAAUUCUUAUGCUACCUGACUGUCCAAUAUCAUUAUUUUGUCUGAAUUAUUUACUUUCUAUGUUAACCCCGCAACUUUUACCUUUUUGGGCCUUUUUAUUAGUUCCAUUCAGUGGCAGCACAAUAUCUUUCCAAUCAUUGGACAGAGCGCUCAGCUGGCAGCUGCACUUUAAGUGGACAAUGUCAAAGCAUUGAUACAUUUAAUAUCUUGUUUGAUUCUGUGCUGGACACACUAUGCAUUGUAUACAUGUUAGAAUUAGUAUCAUAAUUCAGAAAUAGUAUCAUCAAAAUGCUCCAACUCAAGCUCUCUAUACAGUAUAUCACCUUGUUCUCAUCAAACUCUUUUGACCAGAACAAGGUGAUAUAAACAUCUAUGUGUUCAUUAUGCUACGAUGAUUUCAUAUGCUAAGAGUGUUUAUAUGAGUUACAGAGUAGCAGAUGUGCCAAAGUUUAAAAAGCUGCAAGACCAAACAUUACGUCACGUCAUUAUUUUCGACCUGCUUUUCAUUUCUUUGUAUCUAUUCAUACGCAGGAAACUAUCCCAAAGUGUAUGCUUCUCAACAUUCAGUUAAUUAUUUCUAAGAGUGCCUUUUCCACAAGUUAUUCAAUCACAUCAUACUUAAGGAAAGUGUAUAUGUAUUUGAAAACAGGGUGCUGAGCACUCACUUAGAUCAGCCAGUGAGCCUGGUACAGGGUUGGCUUUGAACGUUUUGCUUAUCUUAUUAUACUUUGUGUAGUUACUUUAUUCUAACUUCUGCUCUCUCUAAACAGCAGACAUAUGGUUUGCUCUGCCAAUAGCAUCCCUAUUUCUGUAACAGUGUUUGCAGUUUUUUAAAUAAAUAAAUGAACUUUU